GCUAUCGCACGGGCGCCGUCCAGACCCCUCGCUCCGCUCAAGCACUUUGUCUUUGCCUCGCACAACAUCAGAUCGACCACAUCCUCCGGCGUAGCUCAGCCAUAGCGACCUGCGUCGCGCGCAUCCACACCAUGCCUGCCGCCGUCUUCGCCGGCCUGCCGCCAGCCGAGCGCAUCGCCUUCUUUGGCGUGCUGGACGAGUACUUCUCGUCGCGCCCGCACUUUUUGCCCGGCGCUGGCUCUGCUUCCGGCACGCCAGCAGCUGCGCCGUCGCCGAGCAGCGCAGCCUCUUCUCCGCCGCCUGCUGCCGCCGCAGCGUCGCCCUUCCCCACUCGCGCCGAUGCCGAGCGUCUGCGCCAGCUUGCACCGAUGGCGAACCGCGCCGCUGGGCUGGCCAACCGCUUCGCCGGCAUGCGCACCUCCGAGCCGGCUGCGGGCCAGACGGCGUCAGGCGCCUCAUCUGAUGCAAAGCCGCACUCUGUCUCGUCCAUAGCUGCUCGUGGUGCUGCGCUGGGCUCGCUCUUUGGGUCGAAAGCGCCAGCUGCAGCCCCCGCCGCAGCGCCCGCUCCGCAGGCGGCUCCUGCGGCGCGUGCCCCGGCUGCGGCUCGCGCACCGCCAAGCCCACCAGCCGCCGCGCCAGCAGCUCCUACGCUGGGGACGGCUACGGCUCUGUAUGCCUACGACGGCGGCGAGGAGGAGGACCUGACGGUGGCAGAGGGUGAGACGAUCACGCUCACUGAGCGCGUCAACGACGAGUGGUGGCGCGGCACCAACGCCCGGGGCGAGAGCGGCAUCGUGCCAGCCAACUAUCUGCAGAUCCACUAGCUAUACCACACUGGCCGCGACGUCGCGGCCCGAAUGCAUGUGCUCUGCCCUGCUUG